UCAGCACUGUUAAAGCUGUGAGUUGUUUGUCGUCCAUUUUGAGGAAAUAUUCCCGCGUUUUUAUUACUUGAAGCUUACAUAGCUGCGCGUCGUGUUAAUUCAGUUAUAAAGUAAUUUAUAGAUGUCCUCGCCAAACGCUCAAGUUGAUAUACAAGCAGCUAAGAAAAUGAAAAUCGACAAUAAAUGCGUUUUGCGUUUCGCUAAGCUUACAGAGCACGCCGUGGCGCCCCAGCGUGGAUCAGAACGAGCUGCCGGCUUUGAUUUAUGCAGCGCUUAUGAUGUGGUGGUACCAGCGCGUGGCAAGGCAGUGGUCAAAACAGAUCUGCAGGUGCAGGUGCCAGAAGGCUCUUAUGGUCGUGUGGCACCUCGCUCCGGCCUGGCCGUAAAGAACUUCAUCGAUGUAGGCGCCGGUGUUGUCGACGAGGAUUAUCGAGGCAAUCUUGGUGUUGUCCUCUUCAAUCAUUCGGACACAAACUUCGAGGUAAAGCACGGUGAUCGUAUUGCCCAGUUUAUUUGCGAACGCAUAUUCUAUCCGGAAUUGGAGGAAUUGGACAAAUUGGAAGAUACCAAACGUGGAGAGGCAGGAUUUGGUUCCACUGGCGUCAAGGAACUACCAUCAGCCAAGCAGAAGAAUGGCAGCGAGAAGGCGCCACUGGGCGAAAACGAAGCCAAGCCCAUUGCCACAUAGAGGAAACGUGAUAAGCCAGCCAGCCAGAUAGAUUUACCAUAAGAUUCAUAUGCAUUGUAUUACAAACUAACAUUAAAGUAUCUAAGUCUAAUGAUUGUUCAUUGAAAUCCAUCAAAAAUAUCUUUAAAUAAAGCUCAAUACUUUCUAUAUA